AGCUGGUUCCUGACUGCAUAGGACCAGUCACCCUAGUCUAGCCAGUCAGAACUGGGCAGAGUGGUUGUAUCCAGAGUUUUCCUAUGGGAAGGAGUUAAGUCUUUAUAGGAAGGCAAAGACAACCCAGCACAGCCUGGCCUGGCGUAUACCAAAAGCUGAGAUGUGGAGUGACUCCUAACCAAGUUGUCAUCCAAACAGUUGAGGAUCCUGUGUGAACGCACACUUCCAAAAGGUCUAGGAAGCGGGGACACAAACACGGAAUCCCCUGUCCUGUCAGCUCUGUGGAAGGCUAGCCUCAAGGACACGGACAGACUUCUCAGCAGCAGCUGCCUGUGAGGACACCACAGCCUGAGUCCUGGGAGCUGCCAUCCAUUGCCGGCGGGAUGUCCAGCCAGGACCUGAGCAUCACUGCAAAACUCAUCAAUGGAGGUGUGGCAGGACUCGUGGGAGUGACCUGCGUGUUUCCCAUUGACCUUGCCAAGACCCGACUGCAGAACCAGCAGGGGAAAGAUGUGUAUAAAGGAAUGACAGAUUGCCUGAUGAAGACCGCACGUGCUGAGGGCUUCUUGGGCAUGUACCGAGGGGCUGCAGUAAACCUCACCCUGGUUACUCCAGAGAAGGCAAUCAAGCUGGCAGCCAAUGACUUCUUGCGGCAGCUGCUCAUGCAAGAUGGGACGCAGCAGAACCUGAAGAUGGAGAUGCUGGCCGGGUGUGGGGCUGGAAUAUGCCAGGUGGUGGUUACCUGUCCCAUGGAAAUGCUCAAGAUUCAGCUUCAGGAUGCUGGCCGCUUAGCUGUCGGUCAUCAGGGCUCCGCCUCAGCCGCGCCCACCUCCCGGCCCUACAGCACUGGCCCGGCUUCCGCCCACAAGCGCCCAUCCGCGACCCUCAUUGCCCGGGAGCUGCUUCGCACUCAGGGCCUCUCUGGGCUCUACAGGGGCCUGGGUGCCACUCUUCUCAGAGACAUUCCCUUCUCCAUCAUCUAUUUCCCCUUGUUUGCGAACCUGAACCAGCUUGGGGUCAGCGAGCUCACCGGCAAGGCCCCCUUCACGCACUCCUUCAUGGCAGGCUGCGCAGCUGGUUCUGUGGCCGCGGUGGCUGUCACCCCUCUGGACGUUCUGAAGACUCGAAUCCAGACCCUCAAGAAAGGCCUGGGCGAGGACACCUACAGUGGGGUCACUGACUGUGCCAGGAAACUCUGGACACAGGAGGGAGCAGCUGCCUUCAUGAAGGGAGCCGGCUGCCGGGCCCUGGUCAUAGCCCCCCUCUUCGGGAUCGCCCAGGGCAUCUACUUCAUUGGCAUCGGAGAACGUAUUUUAAAGUGCUUUGAGUAGUCUCAGGUGGCCUUGCUCGCUGCCACCUCUGGUCCUCCACUUGGGACUAGGAGCAUAAGAUGCCCACCCUGUCGUACAUGGUCUUUAACUUGUAGUGCUACCUCAGAAGUGACCCAUUUUACUAAGUGAGUAGAGCCCUCAUCUCCUUCCAUGAAACCUAGGCUGUGGUACAGUUUACCAGGGGCAUUCGGCAGCCUUGGUGUGUUAGGGCAGGCCCAGGCACAGUCAGGACGGAAGAGGGCUGCUCUAUGCUAACAUUCCCACUGAAGGCAGGCGCAGCACAGCUGGGGACUUAGUGUUAAUCCUAGCACUGAUGCUGUGACAUCGGGAGUGCACCUGGGCUCCUGAGCAUCACUAGUGGUCAAAUGGACCCAAAUGAGCAGUCUGGCCACCUCACAGCUGUCCUGGCCAGAUGCCCACCCUGGUAUAGCCCUCCCAGAUCCCUCCUCGUGAGUGCUUGUGGGACAUGAUCAGUAAUAAAGCUGGGUAAAUCCUUGUCCUGUAAUCAGCACAGCGGAUGACUACUGUGGCUUCUGGGGCCCCACAAUUCACUACCGUCUUCACCUGUUACCCAAGAGUGGAGAAGCUGGGGGUGGGGGGGCUUUUCACACCUAACCUGAGUUUGUAUGAGUGUCUGUACGAGUACCCUGGGAGUCAGCAGAGAGCACUGGAUCCCCAGGUUGCAAGCACUGAACUCAGGCCCUCUGGAAGCAGCAGGUGCUCACAGACCCAGUCAUCUCUCUAGCUUCUUCUUUUUUUCAUGACAGGGUUUCUCUGUGGUUUUGGAGCCUGUCUUGGAACUCACUUUGUAGACCAGGCUGGCCUUGAACUCAGAAACCUGCCUGCUUUUGCCUCCUAGAGUGCUGGGAUUGAAGGCGUGUGCCACUACUGUUCAGCUAACAAUCCUGUUUUAAGAACCAGGGCUGGAGACAAGAGCUCUGUACAUGGAGACUCUGCUUUUGUUUCCUGGCCACCAAGACCUGAAUAAUAAUAAACUGUAUUAAUUACAAAACUGACCAAUGGUUUAGGCAUAGUCCUAGCAAGCUCUUACAUCUUAAAUAAACCCAAUUCUAUUAAUCUG